UAUCGCCCUCGUGGAGUUCUAUGAAGAUCCCCUUUCUGUUUUCAUUCGUUGAAUAAUCAUUCGUUCAAUUGUUUAACCGCAUAAAGCAGGCGAUAAACGCCUGAAUACCGUGCAAUGAUUAAUUCUCCAUCAUGAAAAGUAAUUAAUGUGAAGCAGCCGAUUUACCCCUGCACUAGUCGAGUAACUGUCAGCCUCCGGGUGACAGCAAAUACCAUUUGAGAUUUCAAGGUUAAAUCUUCAUCAGAAAUGAUUAACCGAUGUAUGGCUGGACUGUUUACGCACAAUCAUUGUCCAGGAAUUAAUCAUUCAUAUUCACAAUUCAUCAGUCAAGCUCCGAGCCGAGAAACAAUUUUUUCAACGCAGUGAGACAAUUGGCUGAGAGUGAAAUUCAUUUGAUAAAAGUUAUCGAGAGCUCGAGGAAGGAGAUUGACGAGACCAUGCCUAACAAGAGCCUAAAGAGUAGCGAGGGGAAGAGGUCAUCUAGACUCGCCAAAGUGAGGCCAUCGCAGGCAAUAAUAGUAGCGAAACGUGAAGCAGCAAAGAAAAAGAAUCAGGAAACUCCAGACUGCUGUUACGUUCGUGAUAUUUACCAAACCGCAAUCGACUCGGGGAAGAUGAUUCGAGGAUCAACAGGUGUUGUUUAUGAGCGCUCGAUGGCGGAGCAUCGCUGUCUGUGGGACGAGAGCUACCCGGAGUGCCCAGAAAGGUUCACCAGAGUAUUGGAGAGAUGUGAAGAGCUGGGACUCAUCGACAGGUGCAAAUUUAUCGAACCUAGGUUUGCGAGGAUCGACGAGAUUCUUCUGAAACACUCGGUGGAGCAUGUGAAUCUUCUCAAAGCGACUGAUGGCUGUGAGAAUAUUGAACGAUUGGAGAGCAUGUCCUCUAAAUACGAUUCCAUUUACAUUCAUCCGUCGACGUACAAAUUAUCCCUUCUCUCUGCUGGCUCGACAAUGAAUCUCGUUGAGAGUAUUUGCCGUGGUGAAAUACAAAAUGGAAUGGCAAUAAUAAGACCACCAGGUCACCAUGCCAUGAAAUCAGAGUACUGUGGCUACUGCUUCUUCAACAAUGUGGCAAUAGCUUCGGAGAAAAUGCUGUCAGAGGGUCUGGCGAAGAAAAUCCUGAUCGUCGAUUGGGACGUGCACCAUGGCCAGGCCACCCAGCAAAUGUUCUACGACGAUCCCAGGGUCGUUUACUUCUCUAUCCACCGGUAUCAAAAUGGUGCAUUCUGGCCUAAUCUGAGGGAGUCGGACUACCACUACAUCGGGGCAGGGGCUGGAAUCGGGCACAAUUUUAAUAUUCCUUUGAACAAAACUGGCAUGACCAAUGCUGAUUAUCUCGCUAUAUUCCAGCAGGUGCUAUUGCCAAUGGCGUAUGAGUACCAGCCGGAUCUCGUUAUUAUUUCAGCUGGUUACGACGCAGCACUGGGAUGCCCCGAGGGUGAGAUGGAGAUCACUCCAGCAUUUUACUCCCACCUGCUGGCUCCGCUAUUGGGUCUGGCAACGGGAAAAGUAGCGGUGAUUCUCGAGGGUGGCUACUGCCUCGAGUCCCUCUCGGAGUCAGCAGCUCUCACUCUGCGCGGCCUCCUGGGAGAUCCCUGUCCCAAUGUGUGUCCCCUGGUCCCUCCCUCUCACAGCAUCACCACUACAAUUCUCAACAUUAUUUACACUCACAAGCCCUUCUGGAGCUGCUACCAGUACCAGGACACCUACAACCUCACCUCGGCUCCAGGUAACGACGAGAUCAGGCACUUACCCCAGGUGAUUUACGAGGGGGACCAGUCGAAACCAGAAUUUUACGAGACGAGAAACUGCUACCCAGUACAGAGUGAAAUUCGCCUCAACGAAAUUCACAACAGGCUUGUAUCCCUGAGACAAACAACUAUUCUAGCCAGAGCUCCUCACCGAGUCUGUCUGGUGUACGAUCUGAGGAUGCUAAAGCACUUGAAUUACACCGAGGACAGCCACCCAGAGACUCCCAAGAGAAUCUCCGAGAUAUUUCUCAAGCACGAAGAGUACGGCCUUCUGGAGAGAUGCCACAUUCUGGAGGGUCGAGCAGCCACCGAGGAGGAAUUGGCUCUCGUCCACACGAGAGAGCAUAUCCUUGCGAUUCAGAAGACAGCCGAAUCAAAGCCCUCGGAACUGAUGAAACAGGGACGUGAUCUAGAUUCUGUUUUCCUUCAUAAGGAAACCUGGACGAGUGCCAGCAUAGCAGCAGGCUCCCUCCUGCAAGUGGUGGAUAGUGUUUUGAAUGGGGAGAGUCAGUCAGGAGUUGCAGUGGUACGUCCCCCAGGUCAUCAUGCUGGAGAAGAGGGUGCAUGUGGUUUCUGCAUCUUCAAUAAUAUCUCAGUGGCUGCUAAAUACGCAACUGAGUUUCAUGGAUUGAAACGUGUGCUGAUUGUCGACUGGGACAUCCACCACGGCAACGGCACCCAAUCAAUCCUGGAGGAAGACCCGAAGAUACUCUAUAUCUCAAUCCAUCGAUACGACAACGGUGCAUUCUUUCCAGCCUCGAAAGAGGCGAAUUACGAUGUGGUAGGAUCUGGUAAGGGAAAAGGUUACACUGUCAACAUCCCCUGGAAUCGACGAAAAAUGGGUGACGCCGAGUAUCUAGCAGCUUUUCAACAGGUGGUCCUACCAAUUGCCUAUCAAUUUAAUCCAGAGCUUGUCCUGGUGUCGGCAGGAUUUGACGCGUGCGUUGGGGACCCCUUGGGGCACUACACAGUCUCCCCAGAGGCCUUCGGUCUCUUCACCCACUGGCUCUCCCCUCUUGCCAAUGGCCGUAUCAUCCUCGCUCUCGAAGGGGGUUACAACGUCAAUUCCAUCUCCUAUGCCAUGACUAUGUGCACCAAAGCCCUCUUCAAUGAUCCUUUGCCUCCUCUGCGUUCAACCACUCCUCCCUGCUCAAGUGCAAUUACUAGUAUUAAGAAUGUCCUCAAGACCCAGAGGCUCUACUGGCCGAAUCUCGUUUUUCAAGUCGCUCUUCCCAAGGAGAACGUCAUCCCUGAGGUCUCUACUCCUGGAUUCGAGAGGAAAAUAGCUGAGGAACAAUUCAAGACUGAAAAAGAUCAAAUUCAUGAUUUAGGAGGAAAAAUAGAAAAGAUGGGCCUGGACAGUCCAAGAGGCUGCCCAAAUGAAUCUGGUAACUCUGAAAAAAAAAAUACGAGAGAGCGUUCAACACCUGGAGGAAGUGGAGGAAGUGGAGGAAGUGGAGGAAGUGGAGGAAGUGGAGGAAGUGAAAGUUCUGAUGAAAAUCGAAAUGCUGCAGUUGGAGGCAGUCACCCCACACUCCAGGAGUACCUCGCAGAUAACAUGGAGGCCCUGAACGAGAAACAGAUGUUCGCAGUUAUUCCUCUGGGAGAUUGUCCGCACCUAGAGCUCGUCCAAGAGGUGUCCCCCACGGGUAUAGACAUCGGAAGCGCGUGCUUGGAGUGUCAUAGCACUGAGGAGAAUUGGCUCUGUCUCAUCUGUUACUCGACACACUGUGCUAGGAGUGUCAACCAGCAUGCUGUACUCCAUGGAGAGGUCGCUGAGCAUCCCCUCGCUUUGAGUUUCACCGAUCUCUCUGUCUGGUGUUACGGGUGUGAGAGUUAUGUGGACAAUCCUAGACUCUAUCCCGUCAGAAACAGAGUUCAUCAAGCCAAGUUCGGUGAGAAGUUGCCCUGGACUUAUGAUCAGUUAAGCCUGGCUUGAGGAGACUUUUUUUUAUUAUGGGAUA